UACAAAGAAUAGUAGGACCUAUGUUGACACAGAGUGAACAAAUCCUUAUAAACAUAGUAUCUAGUGGUAAGUACUGGAUGUGUAUAUCACUCGGCCGAUCGUCCCUGUAACACCCGGAUGUCAUGUAAGUACUGCACAUAAUUACACAGAGAGGACUGGUAUUUCCAAACUGAUGUGAAACCAUUAACUUCAAUUGAAGCUUCCCACCAAGGAUUUGAUACAUUAUAAAGAUUCACCAACGUUAUGCAAUGUACAAUGACAUCUGUUAUCAUACUGAUGGCGAUGCUGCCCUAUUGUGUAUCCUACAAGGACCAAUAUGUGAGGACCGGUGAUACAGCCAUCUUCCGGUGUCCUGGUGCAUGGGAGAGGACUUCCUGGAUCCGAGGAACAGAAACGCUUAAAUAUGAAGAAGACAUUAUAGUUACUGACAAGCGAUUUACGUUUAGAGAUGACGAUGAUGAACAGUUGAUGGCAUUGUCGGAUACAGAACAUGCGGACAGUAACAUGUACGUGUGUCAAUUAGAUACAGGGGAAAUAUUGGUGGAAUACAAACUCGUAGUAUCAGAACCUCCGGCGAUCAGAGUAGUUAAUGGCAGCUUCAGUGGACCCUUGAUGGAGGUCAAUGAAACCACAAACGUAAGCCUAUGGUGUAACGUAACUGGAAAUCCAGCACCAACUAUCUCUUGGUUUGCCUACUUCAAUCACAUAACACCGAUAGAAAUCGGCCUUUUUGGACCAAAACUGCACAUAAGAAAUAUUUCAAGACAUUGCCCUUGGCGAUACUACUGUGAAAUGAAGUUCCUCAAAUAUGAGGAUAGCACGUUACGGAAGGAAAUGAAUCUAACAAUCAACUAUUCGCCUGAUAUUGUGCUGCAAAUCUCGAAGAGAUCACUUACAGAAACAGACUGGCAUCCAAUGAGGUUCAAUGAAACAGAAAAUCGCUUACCAGCAAUCAUUACAGACCGAAUACGUUUGCAUUGUUUAAUUGACACGAGACCUUAUAUCUCUAGUACCUGGUUAUUUAACGGUGUACCAUUUGUGACGCACGUCGUAGGCAAGGUGGAAGAAAUGGUAAACAAUCCCCCUUUCCUUUACGAUAUAACCAAUUUUAGGCAUUUAUUAGAUGGUAUGUGGGAGGUACUUACUGUAACAUUGAAGUUUCAGUCUAAUAAGUAUUACGGUUUGUAUGAGUGCCAAACAAACAAUUACCUUGGAAACAAAACGGCUUCUAUUCUCCUUUAUGAACCAUAGAAGUUAUGACAUAUGAGACAGUAAAUAUUGGGAAGAUACGACUUCACACCAUAUUUGUUUUGUACUAUUUGUAAUUUCGAACACCAUGUGGCUGCCAUUUGUUUGUAUCAGAUGUCUUACUCGUCAUUACGUCAUGACAGUGAGAUUCCCUAACUUCCAAAUUAAACAUGAAUGAUUUUAAUAUUAAUAAAAACACAUGUCAUUGCUA